UUUUAUAUGUGGUGAGUUAGGUGUUUUUGAAAUACUACUCAUAUAAACGAUUUAUGUCGUUCGAGACGCCGAGAGAAUGAACCGAAUGAAUGGACGCGCCGCCCCGCCGCUAAGCACGAAUGGAUGAGGCCCCUCGUCGGGCAACCGCAAUAAGGUCAUGUAUUAUUGUCUGUUUAUCUUUCGGUUUUCCAUCAACCUGCUGCUGCUUUCCUUGGCCACGGUUAUUCUCGUCCUCCGCAUAGUGAUCUGAUGAUGAUAUAAUGGAUAGAAUGGCAGAGAAUGCCCAUCGCGCCGAUAAAUUCUUGUUUUAUAAUAUAUUUUUAAAAAAAGAAAACCUUUA